AUGUCUGAGACGGUCCUCAGCACUCUGUGCAGCAUCUGUCACACCGAACCGCCAAAGUACAAGUGUCCACGAUGCAACGCCCGUACUUGCUCGCUGCCGUGCAUCCAGAAACACAAGGCCCGGGCCGACUGUGAUGGCCAGCGAAACCCCAGGGCUUUCAUGCCCUUGAAUCAGCUCAAAACUCCCGCUGGGAUUGACCACGACUUCAACUUUCUCUCAUCCAUUGAGCGAGCCCGUGAACGAGCCGAAAAAGACGUCGUCGAGGCCCGCCAAUUGCUGAGCGAGCAGGAGCUGCGGCCCCAGAACCAGGACAAAGUUUUCCACAAGGUCUGGUACGGUGACGAGCUUCGCCAUGUACCAGUCCAAACCCAACCCUACAAGAAACCUGGCCGGCCGCAAGAAGCAAUCGCGUUGAUCGAUGGUUUUGACAAACAUGUCCGGCGGCGACUGCGAUUCCUCGGGAUCGAAGCCAUCACGAUGCCGAAAGGCAUGGCCCGGUCGAGAGACAACAAGACGUCCUGGAAUAGGCGGACACAAUCCAUCAACUGGCGGGUGGAGUGGCUCAUCUAUCGAGCGUCCGACCUAGGUUUCCCAGGACACAAAGACCACCAACAACCGCUCCGCAUCCUCUUUAAAGCCCUCGAAGGCACUCCUCUCCACGCCGGGCUAGCGACCGCCCUCGACUGGCACCGCGGCCAACUCGACCGCCAAAGCCAUGGCCAGCCCGACCCAGCCGAGACCGACAACGAAUCCGACCCCGACGAGCCUUCCUCCCCCCCGCCCCCAAAGAAACGCAAGACCCUCCAUGCCAACCACAAAAGCAACAAAAAGCAUCCGCAACCCCAAUACCAAUCGCCAACCCAAGACCCAUCAACCUCCACCUGGCCCGCCGCCCCCCACACCUCCCAAUACCCCUUCACCAGCGCCUGGUCACAGACAACCACCCACCCCCACAUCGACCGAACCCUAGAAGAAGAGCUCCUAACAUGGGAUUUCUACCUCGUCGGCGCCGCAACCGGCUCCGCCGCCGCCGCCAAAGACGACCGGCCUCGCAAGACGAACAAGACGGUUGUGCCGCUCAGCGCGGCCGAAAACCUUGCUAGCGCGCUGGCGGGUCGGACGGUGCUUGAGUUUCCUACGGUCAUGGCGGUGCCGAGAGGAUGGGGCGUGCCGCAGGGGUGUGUGGUGGGGCUGGGGGAGCGGAGGCAGCCGCGGGGCGCUGGAGAGAGAGUGGAGGGUUUGGAGAGGGAGAGGGGGGUGCGGGGUGGUGGUGGUGGUGAGAGGGUUGCUGGUGGGAAUAACACCAACAACAACAGCAAGAAAAGGGCGUUUGAGGGUGGGUAUAAAGCUCGUGAGUGGGGUCAGAGAGGCGGUGUGAGGGGUGGGUUUGGGAGGGGAGGGAAGAGGGCCAGGCAUGACACGAGGGGCCCCCCGCAGGCGGUUGUCGAACAGCCGGGGGAGGAGGCUGAGGAGGGAGAGGUUAACAGUGACGGUGGGGAGGUUAUCGCCACCAUUGAGGCGCCUUUCGGUGUCGGGUCGCGGGUGGAUAUUGACUGGGGGGCUAGCAGCGUCACAGUCGGUCGGGAAGCUGACUACGGCAGUGUUCCAUAUGGUCGGGAGGUCGCUCCUAGUAGUGUUACAGUCGGCCGCGACGAGGAGGAUGGAGAGAUUCAAGAGGUGCCUGGAGAAAGGAGGCUUCAGGGUGGGCUUGUUGAUUACGGGUCGACGGAUGAGUCUGACUGA